GCAGCGAUUCGAUUUUGUGUUAAUUCUGCUCUCGCGGCGACCGGAGGUGGUGCGUUUUUGUGUGAUUACUCGCGUGUUUGAAACAAUACAAAAUAAUACAAGAAGCAUGAAGCAAGUAGAACAACGACCGAAUCAGCAAAAUUGCCUUUAGCCCUCGGAGCGUUUCAGCAAAAGGUUGAAAACGGGGCGAAUCGAAGUGGAAGGUCCUGAAAGCCACCUACGACCCGUGUGCAUCGGAAUUUUCCUACGGAAUCAAAAUCCGUGCGAAUCUGAAGUUGUGCAGUGAAACUACUUUAUCGAUCAGUGAGUAGGUAGAGCGUGUGCGAGAACGGGAAUCGUCCGGAAAUCUCCGGAUCCUCCCGUGGGGGUCCUGCUGAAGGUUGCUGUUCUGUGGCUCUUCGGCACAGUAGUGGUGCAAGGAAGCAAAGGAAAAAAUCAGCCCCAAAAAUCAAGAUGGCGAGCAGCCCUCGUCGAUAGAGGAGAGUGUGUGAGAGAAGGAAAAAGAGAUCCUCUUUUCGCCUCCUGGUCUGCCUUGUGUGCUUUUUUUUUGUGUCGGUGUGUGGUAGAGUGAAGUGUGUUUUGUGCCAGUCAACCAGUCAACUAGCCAACAACCAGCCUGCAAAGAGGGUUUUUUCAUUGUUAUUAUUCCAUACGUAUGAUAAAUUCUGUUUCGUGGUGUGUGAGUCAGAGAGAAGAAAAACAAGUGCAUAAAGGUGUAGCCCCCCCUCCCUCGGAGGAGUUUUUUUUGUGCUGCUACCAACCUACUCGUGAAGGAUUUUUGAUUGAGAAAAUUUUCCAAUCCUCUCCUUCAAUGUCCGCGAUUUAGUGUUGAUUAUUUUUUGAUAUACCUAUCUACCUUAGUUAUACAAGAAAAUAUUUAGUUUAAUGUUUUAAUACAAUUGCUUGAGAAGAAGGAUACAGCAGCAAGAACCAUCGAAAAUGUCCGACAAAAUUAAAGUCGCGGUGCGGGUUCGACCUUUCAAUCGUCGAGAACUCGAGCUCGCCACCGAGAAUGUGAUAGAAAUGAACGAUUCACAGACGAUUUUGAAAUAUCCUGCCACAUUAGAUAAGAUGGAAAGAAAACCGCCAAAAAUGUUCGCAUUCGAUCACUGCUUCUAUUCGACGGAUCCGAGUGCGGAACACUUCGCCUCCCAGGAGCUCGUCUUCGCCAACAUGGGCCGCGACAUCCUGGACAAUGCCUUCCAGGGGUACAAUGCGUGCAUCUUCGCGUACGGGCAGACCGGAUCCGGCAAAUCCUACACCAUGAUGGGCAAUCAGGACAACAAGGGUAUCAUCCCGCGGCUGUGCGACGAAUUGUUUGGGUACAUUGCGGCCAAGCAAACCGAAGAACUGAACUACAAGGUCGAGGUGUCCUACAUGGAAAUCUACAACGAGAAAGUGCACGACCUGCUGGAUCCGAAGACGAGCAAACAGUCGCUCAAGGUGCGGGAACACAACGUCAUGGGACCGUACGUGGACGGGUUGUCCCAGCUGGCGGUCACAGCGUUCAUGGACAUCGAUAACCUGAUGGCCGAGGGAAACAAGUCCCGAACGGUGGCGGCCACCAACAUGAACUCGGAAUCGUCUCGUUCGCAUGCAGUCUUCACGGUGGUGCUCACGCAGACUCUGAUCGACACGCUGUCCGGUGUGACGGGCGAGAAGGUGUCCCGUGUCUCGUUGGUCGAUUUGGCCGGUAGUGAGCGGGCGGUGAAAACUGGUGCCGUCGGAGAACGGUUGAAGGAGGGUUCGAACAUCAACAAGAGUUUGACCACGUUGGGAUUGGUGAUAUCGAAACUGGCCGACCAGGCCAGUGGGAGUCGUAACAAGGACAAAUUCGUUCCCUAUCGAGACUCGGUGUUGACGUGGUUGCUGAAGGAUAAUUUGGGUGGAAAUUCCAAGACGGUGAUGGUGGCAACACUUUCACCGGCAGCGGAUAACUACGAAGAGACGCUGUCGACGCUGCGGUAUGCGGAUCGGGCGAAGAGAAUCGUCAAUCAUGCCGUGGUUAACGAGGAUCCAAAUGCCCGAAUUAUUCGUGAACUCAGGAGGGAGGUUGAGACGUUGAGAGAGAUGUUGAAGCAUGCAACUGGAGCAAGUAUUGGCGAUAUGAAACGGGGAGACAUCCACGAUAAGCUGGCGGAAAGUGAGAAUCUGAUGAAGCAAAUCUCGCAGACUUGGGAGGAGAAGUUAGAGAAGACGGAACAGAUUCAGAGCGAACGACAACAGGCGCUGGAGAAGAUGGGAAUCAGUGUUCAGGAUAGUGGUAUCAAAGUGGAGAAGAACAAGUACUAUUUGGUUAACUUGAAUGCCGAUCCUUCGUUGAACGAACUGCUCGUGUACUAUUUGAAGAAUUAUACCCUGAUUGGUGGUAGAAGCAAUGACAACAACAAGCAGCCGGAUAUCCAGCUCCUCGGAUUGGGCAUCCAGCCGGAGCACUGUCUCAUCACAAUCGAAGACGGUGAACUGUUCAUGGAACCGAUCGAGAACGCACGCUGCUGCGUCAAUGGUUCCGUCGUGACGGACAAAACCUCCCUGAACCACGGUGAUCGUAUCCUGUGGGGAAAUCAUCACUUCUUCCGAGUAAACUGUCCAAAGUCCAACAACAACAACAAUAACCUAACGUCCGAACCUCAAACACCUGCUCAACAUUUGGACUACUACUACGCUCAAGAAGAACUGAUGCAGAACGAAUUUAGUAAUAAUCCGAUCCAGGCAGCCAUCUCCCGGCUGGAGAAGCAACACGAAGAGGACAAACAGGUGGCGCUGGAGAAGCAACGCCAGGAGUACGAGAAGCAGUUCCAGCAGCUGCGGAACAUACUGUCCCCGACGACGCCGUACGCUCCCUACGCUCCGUACGAUCCAUUCCGUCUAGGUAAACUCCCUCCAAACACGCCGAACGCUCAAAUGCGCGUCGAAAAGUGGGCCCAGGAACGGGACGAAAUGUUCAAACGCUCGCUCGGUCAGCUGAAGACCGACAUUGUCCGGGCGAAUUCCCUUGUCCAGGAGGCAAACGUCCUCGCCGAAGAGAUGAUCAAGCAAACCAAAUUCAGCGUCACCCUGCAGAUCCCGCCGGCCAACCUCAGUCCUAACCGGAAGCGGGGUGCGUUUGUCAGUGAACCAGCCAUCCUGGUUCGUCGGAUGAACUCCGGCAGUCAAAUUUGGAGCAUGGAAAAGCUGGAGAACAAGUUGAUCGACAUGCGAGACAUGUACCAGGAAUUCAAGGAUAACAACUUUACGGUGAUGGACGAGAACAAGAACAAGUCGGAUCCGUUCUACGAGUCCCAGGAGAAUCAUAACCUCAUCGGUGUGGCCAACAUUUUCCUGGAAGUCUUAUUCCAUGACGUAAAACUGGACUACCACACGCCAAUCAUCAGUCAGCAGGGAGAGGUGGCCGGUCGACUGCAGCUGGAAAUCAGUCGAGUUGCUGGGAUGUUCCCACAGGAUCGGAUCAACGAAUCCGCCUCGGAGAGUUCCCAGGAUAGUCAUGAGGAUGAUGACCUUUGUGAUCCUCCUAGCAAUCAAGUCACCUGCCGGAUUAGUAUCAAACAAGCUUCCGGUUUGCCGCUUUACCUAUCCAACUUUGUGUUCUGUCAGUACUCGUUCUGGAAUCACGAGGUAGCAGUCGUCCCGGCUACCAAUCAGGAAGUGGCCGCUCACAAUCAGAAUAUCACAUUUAAGUUUGAACAUGAGAACGAUUUCAAUAUUACAGUCAACGAAGAAUUUCUGGAACACUGCACCGAUGGGGCAUUGUCGAUUGAAGUUUGGGGGCAUCGGUCAGUUGGGUUCUCCCGAGCGAAGGAUUGGGAAGUGGAACAACAGCAGGCGAAGGCUCGUUCACUUGCCGACCGAUGGGCGGAACUGUCCCGGAAGAUUGAACUGUGGGUAGAGAUUCACGAGCUAAACGACAACGGUGAUUGGGCUCCGGUUGAUGUUCAGUGUUCGAAGGAUAUGCUUACCGGUGGAGUCUACCAGCUGCGACAGGGAUUCCAGCGGCGUAUCAUGGUUCGCGUUAAACCGGUGCAGAACUCCGGGACUCUACCGAUCAUUUGCCAAUCGAUUAUUAACGUCUCGGUAGGUUGCGUCACUGUUCGGUCUAAGCUGCAGAAGCCGAUGGAUUCAUAUCAGGAAGAAGAUCUCACGGUGCUUCGAGACAAGUGGAGUGAAGCCUUGGGUCGUCGUCGUCAGUACCUGGAUCAGCAGAUUCAGAAGCUAAUCAACAAGGAUGACAAGACGGAACAGGAGAAGGAACGAGAACAGAGUCUCGUAAACCAGUGGGUCUCACUGACCGAGGAGCGAAAUGCCGUACUUGUACCAGCACCGGGAUCUGGAAUUCCCGGAGCUCCUGCAUCCUGGGAUCCACCCCUGGGAAUGGAACCGCACGUACCUGUCCUAUUCUUGGAUCUCAAUGCCGACGAUCUGACCACUCAGAGUGUGAACGACGAAGUCCCGAUUGCCGGUAUCAAUUCAAUCUUGCCAAAGGAACACGGAAACAAGUUCUACAACCUGCAGAUCAUUCAACAUCAGGACAAGGACAUCUGCGCCUGUUGCAGUUGGGACUCGUCGAUACACGACAGCCCGGCGUUGAACCGGAUGACGGAGGCCAACGAGCGAGUUUACCUUAUUUUGAAGACUACGGUUCGGCUGUCGCAUCCGGCCCCGAUGGAUCUGGUGCUGAGAAAGCGGUUGGCGUUGAACAUCUACAAGCGGCAAAGUUUCACGGAUCGGCUGAAAAAGUUGCGCCUCGGCCGGACGGAAUUGGGCUCGCUCCAGUCGGGUGUAACGUACGAGGUGGUGUCAAACAUUCCAAAGGCUUCGGAGGAGCUGGAAGAUCGCGAAUCGCUGGCUCAGAUUGCCGCUACCGGAGAGGAUGUGUCUGCUAGCGAUGGGGAGACCUAUAUCGAAAAAUAUACCAAAGGAGUCUCAGCGGUGGAAAGCAUUCUCACCCUGGACCGUCUGCGACAGAGUGUGGCUGUGAAGGAACUGGAACAGGUCCGUGGUCCAACGUUAUCAAUGCGAAAGACAGCCAGCGUGCCGAACUUCUCACAGAUCGUAAAAGAUACCCGGGAAUAUACUGGCCUCACCACCUCGAUGACCAUGAGAUUCUUUGAUGCGUCGUUAGAAUCUCUGCUGGGCAUCGGCCGUUCGGAAUCGUUUGCUGAUUUGAAGAUGGGACUCAAUUCAGCUCAAAGCACCCGUGAAACGGGAACGAGUCGACAGAAGCUGAAGACCAGCACCGCUGGCAGCAGUGAUGAAUCGCCAAAUUCUUCCUACGGAGCAGCUCGUCCCACAUUCCUAAACUUAAACAUAAAUUUGAACUCCCUGCGAUUACAGCCAACUAAGCCGUCCCCGGCGGCCAGCAAAUUGGCCCUGCGGAUGACAACCCUGCACGAGGAGCCACUGAUCAAGCAAAUCUGCUACGAAGAGGAAGGCGAAGAUCGAUUCAGCGAACCCGAGUACGCCGAUUACGAUUUCUACGAGCCCGCCAAAAAGCCCAGCCUCUCGAAGAUGAAGUCGUCCUACACGGUGGAAUCGUUCAUCGACAUCGACAAGCGGCCCAACGAUCUGGGCGGAAAGUACGGUGGCACCGGAAUGUCCAAAGGUAAAAUCGGAUCCAUGACCGGUGGUGGUGUUGUUGGCACUGGUGGAGUUGGUGGUGGAAAUGUCAAAAAUCAAAACAUUACCGCUGGAACGCCCAGCAUGAGCUCGUCUACGUCCAGUGGAUACGGGUCGCAGGCCGUCUCCUGCAGUAACCUUACCAACGACGACACGUACUCGAUCCGAUCGCUUAGCGUCGGGGAAACUCCAGAAACCAUGUCACCGUCCAACAUGCGAAACGACCACAACAAUGCCAAAUCGGACUGCUACACGCCGGCGGAAAUCAGUGCCGGAUUCAACGCCAGUGCAAUCAGCAGCGAGUUCCCGAAGCGGGUAAAUCCAUUCCUGAAGGACGUUGCCAACUUUGACGAGCUGAAUGGAAACCGGGAAGAGGAGGAGGAGGACGAGGACGAAGAUGACGACGAGGAUGCGCAUCGGCCGUACAAUAACCACCUGAAGCGGGCCAGUGAGCCGGCGAUCAUGCACUCCGCUUCGACGGAUAUGAUCAGCGAGGAGGAUGAAGGUGUUGAUGAGGAAGUUGAGGAAGAAGAAGAAGAGGAGGAGGAGGCGACCAGGACAAUUGAGGAAAUCGGUCAGGAACAGCAGCAGCAGCAGCAACAGCAACAGGAUGAGUGCAAUCGGAACGAAACGGUCGAUGAGGAGAACAACAGUUCGAAGUUGAUGCAGGAUUCUGAUGUUAUGGAAAGCAGCUUUUCCACGCCGAGCAAGCAUGAAAAUAUCCCGGAUUGGGUUGUCGUUGGCGAGUCGGUGCAGAUUAGGCCGUACAAUACGAGUGGCGUGAUUGCGUUCGUCGGUGGAACGCAUUUUCAGGGUGGAACAUGGAUCGGUGUGGAAUUGGACACCCCAACCGGUAAGAACGAUGGCAAUGUGCAAGGAAUACAGUACUUUACCUGUAAGCAGAAGCAUGGCAUUUUCGUCCGAGUGGAUAAGCUGAUCCUGGAUAAGCGUGGUCGCGCAAUGCGAGAGCUGAAGAGGGCGGAAAAGAUGAAGGCGGAAUUCGCUGGCCAGAAGGGUAAACCGGUCAGUGCCAACGGUCCACGCAAAUGAUACGGGUUUAACCGUGGUCUCAGCACUGCGAUGAUGUCGAGUGGCUCCUGUUCGGCUGCCGCGGUGUUGAGACCGAUGCCCCGGAAGCGUUUCGUACCCAAAUCUGCUUCCGUUGCGGCAUUCGGGCGUAGCAAAUAAACAUGUAGCAGUAAUAGCACAUAACCUCCCCCACUUCCACGCCCGCUCGCUGCGCUAGCUGUCUCAGUCAGCCGGGGUCAGUGGGUGGAAAUGCUGGAGAGUUCAAUCAGUAACCGAAGAUAAAAAAAGAGAUUCGUUUCAUCAACCCUAGAUCAUCCUCGAUAGUGUACCUUGUUUUUUUUUCGUAAUUAAGUUUACAAAGUGAUAUAUACAUACAAGACGGAAGAAGAAUUACCCACUAAAAAAUGGUAUGUGUAAGAAAACAUGAUUUCAGAGCAAUGGAAAGGAUAAUAAUUCUGUAUGAAAUUGUUUCUAUUAUUUAUACUUUUGUAUUGUGUGACAAAAAGACAAAAAUGCAUCCAUACCAAGUCCAUACCUAAAAUUCGGAGGGAGGUAACAAGAAAUCUAAAAAAAUAUAUAUAUUUAUUGACUAAGCGUUUGCAAGUGCAUUCUAGAUAGAGCAAGUGAAAAGCUGAAAUUUAAACGUGUCAGGAAAGCAAAUUUUACGAUCCAAACGAUAUAAAAGAAAUAAAAAGAAACCAACCAGUUCUGUCCAAGGUCAUUAGAAUGAAAUACAACCACAAACAAGCUCUAAAGUAUAAUUAUAUUAUCAUCUAUUGUAUACACUAAGCAAAGUCAGAUUGUGUAAAUUGAAAGAGUUUUCACCUAAGGAGAAAGCAUUAUUGAUAAAAUGGAACUAUAUAUUGCUAAGAGAAUCAAGAAAACAACAACAACAACAAAAACUUUGUAGCCAAAAUCAGACGAAGACGAAAGCUUGAACGGCGAUUGAGAUAAGCAUUAUAAAUAUUUAUAUUUAUACACACUCAUAUUUAAAAAAAAAUAUGGAAAGACAACAACAACAACAAA